CUCCACCACACCUGCGCCUGCGCUGCGCUUCCACCCGCGCCUGCCACGUCUCAUCGCAGCUCCCUCUCGUCUGCCGAGCGUCCCGAGCAUCGACGCCGGCAGCCGCUGCCUCACGAGCACAACACACGCAACGCGUGCGGCGCCCGCGCGGUCGCAGCCCAUGGGAUCCGUGCGCGGCGAGAACCGGCACUCGCUGCGACAGGCACCGCCGCACACACAGAUCGUCUCUCAUCACGCGACGCUGAGCGGCACGACGGCCGCCAGAGGGAGCAGACCGCCGUUUGGGCGCAAGGCUGCUGUGCGAGGUCGCAGGCUGGGCGCGUGCGUGCCGCGAGAACCUGCAGCGAGGACCUGCAAGAGCUCGCAGUUCGGUCUCGCUUCUGAGAUCUGCCGCCGUGCUGUUACGUCAGCGGUCGCCUUCUCCACCUCGAGUUCACGCCGCUCAACAGUAUGCCUUCGUACGCCGACCUCUACAGCCCAUACGUGGCCGAUGCGCUGCCGGUGCGCGUCACAAUCGAGCGCGGCGCAGCGCCGGGCAGCGAGGUGUGGCUAGAGGAGAUUGGCAUGGACGAGGGAGCAGACGCAGAUGCUGCACAGACGCUGCAGGGCGAGAUCGAUGGGCCGGCUGGUAGCGCAGUGCAGCCGGUCGAGCGGCUGGAGGCAGAUGUCAGAGCGCUGGGGCGUAGUAUUGUCGUCAUCGACACCAACACGCUCGUGUCCAGCUUGGCGCUCGUGCAGGAGCUGCAAGUCCGCACGCUCACUCUGAACGUGCAGGCCGUGCUGGGCGGCACGUCUCCGGCACCUCUCACGCUCAUCGUGCCAUCGAUUGUGCUGGCAGAGCUGGACGGCCUGAAGCGCUCAGCUGAGCCUCGCGGCCCGGCUGACGCGGGCGGCUCACGGCGGACGCUCGGCGCCGCCGCCCGCGAUGCCACCCGAUGGAUCUUGCAGGCUGUGCAGGUGCAGAAGCACCUGCGCCUGCGUGGACCGGCGGGCGAAGACGUCUCGCUGCCGCAGUCGGCGUGGUCACUGCACGUGCAAUUGAGUCAGCACGAGCGAAGCAUGGCGCUGCCUGUCACAAUGAGCCCAGACGACCGCAUCAUCGCACUGGCUGUGCAUCUUCAAGCCGAGACGGGCCUCACGGCGCUGCUCUUCUCGUCGGACGUCAACUGCCGAGCUCGUGCCGAGGUCGAAGGGCUGCGCACGCUGGCCGUCCACGAGGUGCUUGGCCGGCCCGGCGCCGCGUCGCAGCUUGCGCCGACGGCGCAGGAGAGCCAGCUAGCAGUCACGCAGCUGCUGCAGCAGUGGAGCCUGCAGAUCGAGGAGGCGUCGACAUCGACUAGCAUGCAUGCGCAGCCAAUGCGGCAGCAGGCCGAUAUGAGCUAUCGCACACCUGCCGUGCUCAUCGACGACGAGAUGGAGGACGUCAAGAUCGAGCCUGCGGGCGUGCCUGCCAGAGUCGUAGCGCAGCCAGCAACGAAUCCGGCGCUUCAGCACGCCGCAGCACAUCACGCCGACUCGGGCCUUGCGCACUUCACGCCUUCGAGCUGCACGCCCGAGCUCAACCCACACACAACGUUCGGCAGCGACAGAGGCGCAGCCAAGGCCUGGAGUGGAGCUACAGCCCGCUCCGGCACAUCCUCGUCAGCCUCUUUCUGGGCCUCGUCGAGCACAAGCACUCGGCGCCAGCAAUGGUAGCGCCCAAGCACUCCGACCGUCAAUGAUCGGCCCCGACCCACAUCGCUACACCACGUCACCACUCAAGCAUACCCUCCACUCAAGCAUAACGAUAUAAUGUGACAAUGCAUUGACCAUGCGCCCAGG